AUGGCGCCCUCGCCACCUCUAGACGCACCUCGUUCAAAGAGCGGGCCAGUGCAGACGAGCUAUGAAGAAAAGCUCCAGCUGUACUCGCUCUACAAGCAAGCCACCGAUGGCGACAUUGCAGUUCCAAGACCCGGUAUGCUUGACAUGCUGGGCCGGGCGAAGUGGGAUUCCUGGAAUAAGCAGAAAGGAGUAGACCAGAAGGAUGCGAAGCGACUUUACGUCUCGACACUUCAAAAGGUUCUUGAGCGAUUCAAAGACCGUGCUCCGGAAGCGCGACGCUACAUCAUCGAGCUAGAGUCAAUGGCCCCCGAGAGGCCGCUGUCGCGCGCGUCUUCAACUUCGUCGUUCCACUCCUCACGUGCCUCGCUGCCACCAGGUCAGGACGAGGACGACCUGCCAGGAAUGGACGGCACGGACGAGGGCCCAUCGCAGCAGCGGUACCCGCCGCCCGAUCCGUCGUUGCCGGCACCCGACGUAGCGCCCAAUAUCAUCCCGCCCUCGGCACUGAAUCCCUCGCACCGAUCUCUUGUCAACAGCCCAUACUCCGCCCCUGCGUCUGAAGGCUUUGCCGCACCUUCACAGCAGUUCCUCCCUUCUCGUCCGCAAUCCAUCCUGUCCGGCAUCACACCAGCGAACCCCCGCAGACCAGGAGCUCCCGGGCCCGGCGGAGUAGGCGGCGGUCUCGAAUUCGUGCCGGAACAGUCUCCCACGAAUCCACCGAACAUGCAGGGCCCGCACCCGAGCCAGCCCCCACCGCCCUCGGCGCAGUUCAUCAGCCGCGACUUCGGCACGCCGGACUUUGGCUUCGGGAGAGGGAGCGUUCCGCCCAUGAUCCCGGAGUACCGGAGCGGGUCGGCUGCCGAGUUCCGAUCGCCGUAUGUGUCGCAGUCGCCCUUCCCGCGCCCGGCAUCAGCGUCGACCUUCUCGCAUGCGCCCCUGAAUCUGCCUGCGACGCUGCAGCAGAUCCAAACGUCGCUGCAGGCGCUGCACGAGCGGAUGAGUGCGCUUGAGCGCUCACAGGCCGUCGUACUGCGGCGGCAGGACCGGCGUAAGAGCUGGUUCUGGACGAACGCAGAUGACGAGCUCGAGGAGGCCGAGUUCCAGUCGGAGCGGGACCGCUGGCGCUCGGCUCCGAGCACGACGGUGCGGACGCGGAACAGCCGCCGGCGCGGCCUCACUAUGCGCGUUGUGUGGGCGCUGAUCACGGCCGUCCGCCGCGCCGCCCUCGCGACGGGCGGCAUCGUGCUCGUCGCCGCCAUCGUCAUCAGCCUCAUGCGCGGAAGCAUGAGGCGCAACCUUGCGCUGCAGUGGAAGCGCACACGGGCACGCCUCGUGCACAUGUUGACCGACUAG